UGGGUAAAACCUACAGGGAACUGAGAAAGGGAGAGUUGAAGCUACAGACACAAUAAUCCAUGGGAAAGACCAGUGCAAAUCAUAUGAGACUUUUCUUCAAGAGAGUUCAGCCCCUCUGUCUGUCACUCACGGGUUUUGUCAUUUCCUCUCCAGUGAAACAUCUUAAUAAAACCUCAGUUCUGCUCCUUCCUCUCACUUCUCUUUUUGUACCAAUCUCUCUGCAUUUCAUCCACUUCUGACCAUGUGUCUCCUACUGGUUCUUCUCCUGUGUGUCCUCAUGUCUCUGCCCAAAGGUUGGGCGGCUGAGACUGACCCCGUGUAUGUGGCCCUGAAUGACUCAGUUCUGCUCAAUAUCCCCGGAUAUCCCAAUGCUGAGAAACUCCAGGUGACCUGGAAAGAUGGGAAUGGAAUCCUAAUGGGUAAAUUCAAGAACUCAUCAUCAUAUAAGCAGCGAACAGUCUGUGAGUGUGAGCUCUUCAGGAACGGCUCCCUGUAUCUCAAUCGAUUGGACACGGUGGGAAAUGAGACCUACAAGGUGGAAGUGUUUGAGCAGAGUGGAAAGUCCAUCACUACUGCCUCCCUCCUAGUGACUGUGAUUGAGAAAGUGUCGGCCCCUCGGCUGAACUCCUCCUGCUCCCCUGAUGGUCUCGCUCUCAUUGGAUGUGAGAUACAGGGAGGGACUGAUCCCCAAUACUCCUGGCUGGAAAAUGGGGUCAACCUGAGCUCCUCAUGGAAUGUGAGUGGGAAUUGGAUCUCAGGAUUUGCUCCGGUCCCAGUUAAUAUAUCCUGCUGUGUAUGGAACCCAGUGAGUGAGGAGUGGAGCCAACUGGUCUCUGUGUUCUGCCCAAUUCCCGUAUCAGUUCCAACCCUGAAUGUGUCGUGCCAACGGGAUGGCAGUGCCAGGAUCCUCUGCUGGACAGACAGUGGGACAGAUCCAGUCUUCUCCUGGAGUCUAAAUGGGACAGACAAACAGGGGAGCCCCCUAAAUCAGAGCUGGAGCCAAAUCUCUAUUGUCCCCCCUCCUGCUGAAGGGAAUAUUCUCUGUGUCGUAUCCAACAAUAUCAGCCUUGAGAGAAACACAAUGAACUUCUCCUGCCCAGUUCCUGUAUCAGAUCCAGUUCUGGAGGUUUCGUGUCUAACAAAUGGGUCGGCGCUGGUUUCCUGUAAGGUGGAAAGUGGGACAAAUCCCUUCUAUUCCCUGAUCCAUAAUGGGAAAACAGUGUAUGAGAAUUCCAGCUCCCCAUUGGUUAAUGUUUCACUCCCAUUAUCCUCCCCUGGGAAUAUCAGUUGCUCAGUGAGAAACAGAUUCAGUACAAAGGAGACCGGGGUACAAGGCAGGUACUGCCCAGUUGCAGGCGGAGUUGCAGUUGGUCGGAUCAUGACGAUGGCAGUGUUUGUCCUGUACAGUUCGCUGCUGGGCUCUAUGCUCUGGACUCUGCUGAGGAUGAGGAGGGACGAAGGAGAAGAGACCAUUUAUAUCAAUAACAUUGUGGCACAAGAAGGCUUUUCUAUUUAGUCACCUGUAUCUGUCGAUUCAAAUAUAUUGACAAAACUAGAAGAUCACUCAGGAAACAGAAAUGAUUUUCAUUGUCUCUCCAGGAAGGAUAUUGAGAAGCACCUGAUUGAGCAACAUGGGGCUCAUUAUAUGUUUCCUUCCAGGUUACACUGUAAAUGUGCCCCCCGUUUUCACACAGGGGAUCUAGAGCUGCCCCUUUUUUUUAAGCUUGGUACCGAGAAUGGAAAUGAAAUUGUUUUGUACAGUAACGUCCCCAUUAAAUGAAGCCAUUAUCAUAUUUAACGGAACAGAUUUUAUGGAUUUCAUGGAGCAGUGCUUUGAUUAUGAAUUUUGUUUAUAUGAAUUUAUUGAUGACAUCAUGAUUCUGUUCUGUAAAUCCGCAUCAUAUAUACUGUGUUAUGACUUAUUAUUGAGUAAUGAUCUCAAUCAGACUCUGACCUUUUAAUGAUGUGUUAAUUGUUUUUAUCAGCGCCGCAAUAUCAGCGUAUUACCUGCAGGGGGCGCUUUUGCUUCUCAUGAUGUCAUAAAUGACCUUUUUGUCUCCCUGCCCCCUUCAAUCAUUUGUGAUUUGAGAUGGAUGAAUAAAGUUACAAUUGUUUUUCUCUAA